CUCGGCUCCCCACUCCCCUUCCAAUAUACAAAACCUCUUCACACUUCCUCGCGACUUCCCAUCACUUCACACUACUCUCUCUACACCAGUUGAGACUCCCGUAACGCUUGCCAUUCAUCCCGCGCUUUGCAGCUUCACCUUGAACCUUCUGUCGACCGGUCUUUCGGCGUCUUAUAUCCACCGAGACAUUCAGCAGUAACACAUCUCGACGCAAUGGCUCGUGCAGCUUCCCGUCGGCAGGCCAAGCCCGAUCCCUCGCCGGCGAUCAACCUCAUCGGCAAGUACGGUCGAGUUUCCAAGACGCAGCCUGUUCCCGAGGACAGUUCUGUGAAGAAGGUCUUCUAUAUCCAACUACCCAGCUCUCGCCCAGUUACGACAGUGGACGUCACGACGGAGAUCAAGAUCGAAUCCAGCCCCGAGAGAACCAUUCCUCCCACGCCAAGCUCCUCUAGAAAGCGCAAGGCUAGAUCCAUUGAAGACGAAAUCCCCGCUAGGCAAACCAGGAACAACGUCCUGUCGCCUGAUGUUCUGAAGCGUCAGCGACUCUGCAAGGAUGAGCCUGUUCCUGUCAAGGAGGAGCCCACGUCGGCAACAACCACCCUCUCACCCCGGAACACAUCGUCUACUCUUGCCGACACCCGCCGAAAGACACGCAAGUCGGACGUCAUUUCCCAAGCAAAGUCCGAGGUCCGCAAGGCCAACCAAAAGGUCAAGCGGUCGAGGAACCACGAUGCAUCCGCCAAGCCUGAAGUUAAGGAGGAGCCGGCCAGAAAGCAACUGCCAGCCGAGCUCCUUGAGCUUCUGAGCCUCCAGCGGGCGAUUCUGAAGACCGUCUCCCUCCAACUGGUGCACCAAAACAACAACACACCCCUCGACAUCAGCAGCAUUACACCGCACGUCGCCCGCACCUGGGGCAAGCGGAGGGUCACAGUCGACGAUAUCCGAACAUGCAUUGCAAUCCAGGACGCGAAUCCUGCUGACCGGAAAGACGGAUUCAUGGGCUCCCCCUUCAUCGUGACGGACUACGGGCGCGGCAAGCUCUGCCUCGAGAUGGACCCGACCAAGAACGCCAGCCGCGUCGAUGAAGAUCAGCUGUGCAGGCAGUUCGAGGAGAACCUGCACGUCAUGUGCGCCCAGCGAGCCACGGAUGAGAUGUCCGAUCUGGACCUGUGCUUUGAGAGCCUGACCUUUGACGACCUCCCCAAGUCCGACAUCACCGUCCGCCACACCGCCAUCUCCCAAAACCCCGUGUUCGCCAAAGGCCAGCGUGCCCUGAGCGCGCUCAAGGACGGCAUCCUGCAGAAGAAGCAACAGAAGGAGGCACAAGUGGCGGCCACAAAGUGCCCGGCUCUUAAACCCGACGGUACCAAAAUGAGUCUUCUCGACAGGUUGCGCGCCAAGGAAGAGGCCAACGCCCACAUCCAGCUGCCCAGCGGCCCCGAGCUUGCGAGGCAGCGAGCGCUGGCACGUGCCGUUGACAUUGCUGCCAUCAUCUCGAUGCUCGUCUCUUCGUCGAACGCGGCUGGCCAGCCGGUCAUGUCGUUUACGAUGCCCGUUCUGCAGCAGAAGCUGAAGGAUUCCGUGCGGGUGCCGAUGCCCGUGGAAGAAGGUAUCCAGACGGUGCAUCUGCUCGCCAACGAGGUUGCGCCUGAGUGGUUGAGAAUAGCCAGCCUAGGCGGCAAGGAGCACGUCGUCGUCCAGACAAGACGGAAGCCGUACGAUACGGAGCUCGCCGCGCGGGUGAAUAGACUCUCCGCAUAGAGGGACGAGGAUAAUAGUUGUGCGGGAUAUAUGAGAGGUUUUCUUGUUUUAUCUUUGGAAUGGAUAGAUGCAUGGUAUGGCGUAGCAUGGCGUGGUUUUUCGCAUACGGAGUUUGGAAGAUACCACGGAAGAAGAGGCAGUGUAGGUGGGCGUUCGGUUCUUCGGGGGUGUGUCUGUUGGUCUAUGUCCAGCGGCCUACCAAUUCAUGGGUCAGAUGGACAAGUCACUGGUUUAGAUAUCCCAAAUGCUGAGAAAAACACACACACACACAGACAGACAGACAUAUGUAUAGACAAAACACUGCGGACGGGACGCAGAUAAUGGA